UAAUAAAUGUUUUAAUUGACGCUGCGAAGUAGACAGUAAGAGAAUUACUCUCAACAAGGUUAAAACAAGUUAAAGCUAAAUAUUUUCACAAUAAAAAUUUGUCGAAUACAAAGUGACGAAACCAAAAAUCGCUACAGAAGAACUUAUUGAAAUUACACAGGGAUAAGAGUUAUUGAGAUUUUCCCUCUUUAGGAGCUGCCGCAAACCCUUCUUGGAAAUCUUUGUUGCCUACAAUGGAAAAGGAGCGUCGUCCUCGUCAGGUGCAACGGCCAAAAGUCAAGACCCAUCGUCGCCGUCCUGUGGGUCCUAAGGCCCCAAAGGAUCUAGGUCGUUGGAAGCCCAUCGACGAUUUGGCCCUUAUCAUUGGUGUUCAGCAAACAAGUGAUUUGCAGACGGUCCAUCUGGGAGUCAAGUUCUCGAGCAAGUUUACGUUGCAAGAGCUGCAGCAUCGUUGGUAUGCUCUGCUCUAUGACCCAACCGUAUCUCGAAUUGCUGUCUCGGCCAUUCGAAACCUGCAUCCGGAAUCGGUGCAAUCCGUACAACGAAAGGCUUUGUUUAGCGACCAAGAGGAGGAACUUUUAGGCACUAUAAAGAGCACGGAGACUCCUAGCGUGGAGCAAUUUCAAGAGCUCCUAAACCUGAAUGCAUCGGUCUUUUAUCCGGCUCGCACUGGCAAGUCUCUGCAGAAACAUUGGCUUCUUCUCAAGCAGUAUAGCCUGCUGCCCGAUCAAAGCGUCAAUCCUCUCAAUGGAACGGAGCCGUUAAGCUUCUCGGAUGCUGAAGAACAAAUCAACGAUGAAGAUCUUCAAGAGCCUUAUGAUGAGGCCUUGGAAGAAGAACUUAUCCGUAAUGAUCGCCGUAUAAAACGUGAAAUACGUCUUCUAGAGAACGAGCUCUCCCGUUGGGGUGUCCUGGUGGGCACAGCUGCAACCUCCAAUUUCGACACUCAAACAUUGGCUUGCUUAUGUGGCCGCAAUGUGCGCUACUUGAUGCGCUCCAAGGAGAUUUCUUUCGGUCGUGAUUCCAAGGAUUUUGCGGUCGAUGUGGAUCUUAGUCUAGAGGGUCCAGCGGCAAAGAUUUCUCGACGUCAGGGCACCAUCAAGUUGCGCAGUAACGGUGACUUCUUCAUUGCCAAUGAGGGUAAGAGGGCGAUCCUCAUCGAUGGCUCUCCACUUCUCAGUGGUAACAAAAAACGACUAGCCAACAACUGCACCGUGGAGAUAUGUGGAUUACGUUUCACUUUCCUUGUCUACUAUGACCUCAUCAAUGCCAUACGACAGGAAAAUGCCAAGACGACAAAUCCUCUUGUCUAAUCGCUGCCAAAGUUCUGCCAAAUAUAAAAGUAGAAUAACGAGUUCUAUAAAUAAAAUGAUAAUGCAGAUUAUGGAA